CCAUUGACAACAUCAUCAAUGACAACGACUUGUUGCCAUCGUUGGUUGGCGUUGGCCAUCAGUCAGCCAUGUUGCCCAUUGAUGAUGAUGAUGUCUACAUUGCUUCGCUGGUCCAUGGCAACAACAACAACAACAAUAAUCUCAAGUUCAACAAUGGCCUCGAUGAUGACCAAAGGCAACAAGAACUGGAUGAUGAUCAAGUGGAUGAGACAACCUAUCCACCGCCAGUCUUUGACUUUGGCAUGCCGAGGAAUAUAACGGCAAGAACCGGUCACACGGCGGCCAUCAAUUGUCGGGUGGACAAUUUGGGCGAUAAAUCGGUAUCCUGGAUAAGGAAACGCGAUUUGCACAUUCUGACUGCAGGCAUUUUGACUUACACAUCUGAUGAGCGUUUCAAGGUUGUACGCACCGCCGAUUCCAAGGAUUGGACAUUGCAUGUGAAAUAUGCUCAGCCACGUGACAGCGGCAUCUACGAGUGCCAAGUGAAUACGGAGCCAAAGAUUUCGAUGGCAUUCCGACUGAAUGUCAUAGUGACGCCGCCAGAUGCCAAAGCGAUUAUUGCCGGUCCGUCGGAUUUGUACGUCAAAGUGGGCAGCGUCAUAACGCUCACAUGCCUGGUGAAGCAACCGGCGACAUCGGCUCAGGAUAUUGGACCAAUUUACUGGUAUCGCGGCCCAUACAUUCUAACACCAUUCGUUGCCCAUCCGAACGAUGCCGCCAUUGAUUUGCAACGCAUCUCUAUGGAAUCCACGUUGGCCGAGAAAUUGCAAAGCAGAUUACGCAUUGCCAACGCCCAGUUGUUGGACACAGGGAACUAUACGUGCAUGCCAACCACAGCGGAGGCGGCCAGUGUUGUGGUCAAUGUCAUUAAUGACGAAAGUCCAGCGGCUAUGCAAAAGAGUGCAGCAGGAAUGGCAAUCAUCGCCAGUCAUCAAUGUCGUUUGCUCCUUUUGACUCUGGUUGCCAGUUGUGUGGUACGAUGGCUUACUUUCGGCCUCUCCUCCAGCGAUACCAGCUGCUCGAACUUAUCCAGUGUGCAUAUCAAUUAUUGCAUUAUGCAAUCAACUACAACCUACAGGAGAAAUCAGCAACAGCAUCAGCAACAACAACAACAACAACCACAAGAUAAAACUGAAAUUCUUAUCAAAUCUGCGUUAAUAUCAUGAUAAUUAAGUGACUCAACAGAUUUGUAUCCAAUGUAUAUACGGUUUUUAUUUAUAGAUAAGUAAAAUUUAGUCAGUAAAAUGCUUCAUUAAAAUAAAUCAGUGGGAGUGGGAAUGAUUUCAGUUUACUGAGCAUACAACUUUUUCAAAAAUAUCUAUGAAAUAUCGUUUAAAUCUGAUGACUUUCUCUAACUUCCAAAUUUAUCUAGUAUAUAGUUUCUCAUACAAUAUUUCUUUCCAAGAUUUUAACAACCUUUCUUUAAAUAUGAAUAAUUUCAUCUGCGAUGGCUAAGAAGAAAACUCUUGAGAAACUAGGUGAAAUUUCUAUUAUAUUUUUUUCAUAUUUUCUAAAUUCUUGCAUUAUAUUCAAGUGCUUAAAAAUCAGAAGAAUAGAGCAAGUAUUGAAUGUUUCAAAAACUGAGGUCGAUUCCCAUUUCUGACUUAUGUAAGUAAAAAUGUUAGCAAAAACGAAAGACUAGUUUAAUUUUCCCUCCCCAACCCCAAAAUGUG